CGGCUCGGCGCGGCGCGGCUGGCGGCUCACUGCACUGCUCCGCUCCUGCCAGGCGGCCGCGGGGACCGGACCGGACCGGACCGGGCCGGGCCGGGCCGGGGGCCGGGGGCCGGGCCAUGCAGCGCCCCGGCGGGCAGGGCGCCGCCUUCUCCAUCGACUCGCUGAUCGGGCCGGCGCCGCCGCGCUCCGGCCACCUGCUCUACACCGGCUACCCCAUGCUCAUGCCCUACCGGCCGCUCGUGCUGCCCCCCGCGCCGCUGCCGUCCGCGCUGCCGCCGCUGCCGCUCGCCUCCUUCGCGGGCCGCUUCUGCGCCGGCCUGGGCCAGGCCGUGCCGUCCAUGGUGGCGCUCACGGCGGCGCUGCCCGGCUUCCCCGAGCCCCCCGACGGCUUCUACCCGGCGGCGCCGCAGGAGCUGCCCGCGCCCCGCGCCCCGCCGGAGCCCGGCGGCCGCCGCGCCGACAGCCUGGAGCCCGACGACCUGCCGCCGGCGCGGGACAAGGGCCCCCCCGAGCCGCCGCUGCACUUCCCGGAGCCCUUCCCCGGCCUGGCAGAUGGGAAGGUGUACAGCUCCGACGAGGAGAAGCUGGAGGUGAAGUCGGCAGCGACGCCCUGCAGCGAGCGGGAGGAGGAGAGCUCCGCGGGGGACAGCGAGGACGAGAGCUUCCUGGAUGGGGCCGAGCGCGGCACCCUGGGGCCCAAGCCCAAGCCCAAGGGCAGCACUGGCGGGGAGCAGGCACCGCCUGGGUCCAACCCAGGCAAGAGCCGCCGGCGGCGCACGGCCUUCACCAGCGAGCAGCUGCUGGAGCUGGAGAAGGAGUUUCACUGCAAGAAGUACCUGAGCCUGACCGAGCGCUCCCAGAUCGCCCACGCCCUCAAGCUCAGCGAGGUGCAGGUCAAGAUCUGGUUCCAGAACCGCCGCGCCAAGUGGAAACGCAUCAAGGCCGGCAACGUCAACAACCGCUCAGGGGAGCCCGUCCGCAACCCCAAGAUCGUGGUGCCCAUCCCCGUGCACGUCAACCGCUUCGCCGUGCGCAGCCAGCACCAGCAGAUCGAGCAGGGCAGCCGCCCCUGAGCCCCCGAUGACCCCCCCAGGGGAUGGGGCCACGCGGCGCUCGGCCGCGCAGGACGGGCCCAGCGCCCCGGGGCGCACGGCAGGCGAGUGCCGGGCCCAGCCUGCAGGACUGCGCCGGGCUGGCGGCCAGCGGAGCUCUGGGCCAGCCCCGCAGCAAGAGGCAGGGGGCAUGGACCCCGUGCGGACCCGGGGAGGGGCUGCAGGAGCCACCAGCGCCCCCCCUUCGCUGUAAAUGUCCUCUAUUUAUUCAGUGUAAAGUCUGUACAUAUGAAAUGGUGAGUGUCCGUCUGUCCGUCCGUCUGGGAGAGCCCUGGGCUGCCCCCGGCCCGCGCCAGACUCUGCGCUGCCCAGGCCCGCGUGCAGUGACUGGUCUCGGGGGUCCCCGGGCCCCCACGCUCCGCAUGCCCCCCCAACCCCGCUACAGGCCCAUGCGGCAGCGUCCCCACGCGGUUCAUACCGUGUUGCUGCGGCCAACCGCGUCCGCGCCCUGUCCAUGGAUCGUCGUGACUUCAAUAAA